UAGACACGCCUAUUAAAAAAACCACGUGUAGCCGUCACAAUGGCGUCCACUGAAGACUUACCAAAGGGAGCUAUAGGAGACGUUGCUAGAGUACAAGUUGAUGGAGUGGUCGCCCUCAAGAUCAUCAAGCAUUGUCAGGAGGAGGGGAUCGGUACAGAAUUGGUGAAAGGUUUUCUAGUUGGACUUGUAGUUGGGGACACUCUUGAGGUGACUAAUUCGUUUCCAUUACCUAAAGCAAUCAUCACGUCAAAGAAUCAAUCAAGUCAGUAUCAACGUGACAUGUUAAGUAAUCUACGAAAAGUCAAUGCGGACUAUCACCAAGUUGGCUGGUACCAGUCAACUUAUCUCGGCCCUCAUUUCAGUCAGGUCUUCCUUGAAAGUCAUUUUCAGUAUCAGCUCGAAAUCGAAGAGUCCGUCGUCCUUAUAUACGACCCCCUGAAAACAACUCUCGGGAAUUUGAGCUUGAGGGGGUUUAGGUUGACAAGGGAAAUGUUGGAUCUUCUUAAGAAUAAUGACGUCUUUACUCCAGAGAGUCUCCAGGCUGCUGGUUUGAAACACGGUGACAUGUUUGAAGAGUUACCGGUCGUCCUCCGUCAGUCUAACCUAGUCAAUGGUUUACUGCACAGCCUUGCACCAGAUGAUCCACCAUACGACCUACUACACCUAUCAGCAACGCAGCACCUGGAGAGUCACAUGUAUUUAUUGAUAGACUCCCUAGAGUCCUUACAGCAGGAGACUUAUAAGAUGUUAGGAUAUGAGAGAAACUAUACCAAACAGCAACAAAUGAAGCAGCAGUUCCUACUCAAGAGAAAAGAGGAAAAUGCUCGUAGGGCUAAAGAAGGCGAGGAAUUGCUACCCGAAGACGAUAAAUCAAUUGAGAAAGAACUUAACGUGAAGCCAACCCAUGCUCCUCCUAGACAGCAAGCUUUAUUAACAGCUGAACAAGUCGAGAGUCAAUGUGAAGAAAUUAUAGACGUGAGCGGACAGGCUUUCUCUAAACUCUAUCUAUCGCAAAUGCUGAAUCAGCAGUGAGACCUCCUUAUAAGGAAGACUAGGAGUUGGACGGAAAUUUUGUGCUUUAUUAAUUAUACAAAUUACAUUUUGUACGCAUAUACUGGUAAUUGUAAUUUAAUAUCAUAUAAAUCAUUAUAAGUCAAUCAUUGACUGUGAAAUUACAA